AAGAAGAAGAUGAUGAAAAUGGUCACCAGGGCUGUAGCACUGGAGAUGGAAGAUGAGAUCAAAGAUGCUUCCAACAGCAGAUGUUCUGUAGGAAGCAGUGGAUCAGAAAAGGCUCACUUUUCUUCUGAUGAAGCAAUAGAAGCUAACAAUGAGGAUGGUGUUGAACCCUGAGACCAAGAAAAUGAAGAUGCUACAGAAUCCAGUGUUGCAACUAAUAUGGGCUGGGCAGAUGCCAUGGCUAAGAUCCGUAACAAAAUAACUCCUAAAAGUAUACCCACCAUUCCGGUCGAAAACACAGAGCUGGAAAAGGAAAAAGAAAAGGUAAAGCAAGAAAGACUACAGAAAAGAAAACAGCUUGAUAAGAAUCAGGGGUGGGAAAUGAUGUGCAGAGUAAAGCCAGAUGUCAAAGACAAAGAAACAGAGAGAAAUCUUCAGAGAAUUGCAACGAGGGGUGUGGUGCAAUCAUUUAAUGCUGUUCAGAAGCAUCAAAAGAAUGUCGAUGACAAGGUUAAAGAAGCUGGAGGGUCUAUAAGAAAACAUGCUAAGAUGAUGUCAACUGUUUCCAAGAAAGAUUUCAUCAGUGUGCUGAGAGGAAUGGAAAGAGCUACAAAUGAGAAAAGUUCAACUGGGAAGAACCCAAAAGCCAAACAGACUGAAGUGAAAUCAGAAGGAGGCCCAGGUUGGACGAUCUUAUGUGAAGAUUUCAUAAUGGGGGCACCUAUGAAAGACUGGAACAAGGAAAGCGAUGGGCCUGGUGACAACAGACCAUGA